CGUUGCAAAUAUUUCGGGAUGGAGGGAGUAUGUUUUAGUCCUAGGAUUUUUUCCCUAAGGUAGAUGUAGACAAUAGAUAGAGGUUGAAAAAUUGAUUACUGAUCCGCUAACACCUCCGUUGAUAGGUGCGUUCCGGCGAUGGACACGGUUGUCCCGGUGGCGGUUCUCUCGGUGAUUCUCGGAGCUUCUAUUGCAUUUCUCGCAUUCGGGAACUAUUUUCGGAAGCGGAGGUCCGAGGUGGAAUCGAUCUCUAAGGCCGAAACUCUUCAACCCAAUCAAAAGUCUCAUUCUAAGCCUUCCCAGCAGUCCUCCAAGAAAUCUCAUGCCAAGCCUCACUCUCACGCCUCCGCUGAUAAGGACUUGAACAAGCGACGUCAUCCACUGGAUUUGAAUACACUAAAAGGUCAUGGAGAUUCUGUCACUGGCAUUUGUUUCUCACCAGAUGCAUCUAAUUUAGCAACUGCUUGUUCUGAUCGAGUUUUGAGGGUCUUCAAAUUAGAUGACGCUUCAAGCAAAAGCUUUAAGUUUCUGAAGAUUAAUCUACCUGCGGGAGGUCAAAGAUUAUCAAUUGCAUAUGCUGAUGAAAAGUCUUCCAUAGCUGUGGCAUGUGAUACCAUUGAUGGUUCAUCUAUUUACAUGUAUGGUGAAGAAAAGCCAAAAGGAGACAUUGGUGCCACACAACAGUCUAAAUUGCCUCUCCCAGAAAUCAUAUGGAAACACCAAAGAGUCCAUGACAACAGGGUUAUUAUCACUCUGUGUAGUUCCAAGGCUACUUAUGGCAGUGCGGAUGGGAGUUCAAUUAUUGUUUCAUGUUCAGAAGGUACUGAUAUAAUAAUUUUUCAUGGUAAAACGGGAAAGAUCUUGGGUAAUGUUGACACUAAUCAGCUCAGAAACAACAUGGCAACUAUAUCUCCUAAUGGGCGUUUUAUUGCUGCUGCAGCUUUCACUUCUGAUGUUAAGGUCUGGGAAAUCGUGUACUCAAAAGAGGGUCUUGUGAAGGAAGUGGCAAAAGUUAUGCAGCUCAAGGGGCACAAGAGUGCAGUGACUUGGCUCUGCUUUAACCGAAAUUCAGAUAAAAUAAUUACUGCAUCCAAGGAGUGGAAUAUCAAUGUGAGAUACCAUCUUGACGAGGACCCUAAAACUCUGAAAGUGUUUCCCAUUCCACUCCUUGACUCAAACGGCACAUCUUUGCACUAUGAUCGCAUAUGCCUGUCACCUGAUGAAAAGGUAUUGGCAUCUACCCACGGCUCAACUUUGCAAUGGUUACACGCUGAGACGGGGGAGGUCUUGGACACGGCUGAGAAAGCCCAUGAUGGUAUCAUCACAGACAUGACUUGGUCACCUUGUACCAUCUCCACAGGAGGAGGCAAGAGAGAAUGGGUAUUGGCCACCUCUGGCACGGAUAAGAAAGUGAAACUUUGGGCAGCUCCGUCAUCACCAUCAUCAUCAUGAAAUUAACAAACAAAACCACAGCAGCUACUUCUUACUAAUCAUGAUGCAGAUGCGCUGAAGUUUUGUGGCGCCGACCUCUGCUUUCGACUCCCGGUGAUUCAUAGCAUAAGUGUAGCAGUUUGGCUUACAUUAUAGUAUUUUACAGUACUUCAGAUGGGCAUGAAUGUGUUGAGUGUGUUCUUUUGUUUGUUUUUAAAUUAUAAGUUGAGAUUUAUUUUGGGGGUGUGAAGUUUAGUUGAUGGAUUGAAACCAGUAUUAAUUAUCGUAUUUCUUCCUCUUUUUGGCAGGCGAAUUUAAUUUUGAGUUAGUUGUUCAACCAU